CAAAGCGGAAAUUAACACGCAAGCCGAAAGCGCGCGGCGGAAGAUGAUUUCGUCCUGUCUGAAAGUAAAACAGUACGAAGGGCAAGCAGCUGACUUAAAAGGCGUAACGCGUAUGGAACCGCGUCAAGUGAUUAUCCCAGGCUAAUACGCGGGUCCGAAGCCAGGAUGUGGGCGGAGUCACAGCCAGGGCCAUCCAGAUGUACACCAUGCAGGCGAGGUUACUGCGCCUACUGCAGAGUCCUCUACAGCGACCUAGAUAAGCACCUGUCCAGUCUCAGACACCUGGAUUGUGUUCAAGCGUCCUCCAGGGUCUCCACCAGUUGUUCCUUUGCUGACAGCAGCCAAGCCAAAGCAACUCUGCUGGAGCGAUUCCUGCAGGAUGUCGUGUUGCACCACCCGCACUGCUACAAUGACCCCAGACCGUCUCAUGCAGACCUCCCGCCCGUCUCCACUCCUCUUUUGCCGAGGGAGGAGUUUGAUGAAGUCUGUUUCUCUGACGACGACUUGUCAUUGGGCACACGCGAGUAUCUUCCCAGCUCAAACAACGUGUCGACUAAUCAAGAAGAAAAUGCUGACACUUGUAGCCAAUUAGAGAAGAGAAUAUCAGUGGGGCCCAGUCAGGAGAGGCCGCUUACACAAUUAAAUGAGCAGGAGGAUGCAAGGACUAUCAUCUCAGGGCACACAAAUCUGCCAAAACAGGCCCUGGCGCCUCUGCACAGGAAGGCACACAGGAAAACUGACAGAAGGAAAACCAAGAAAUCUCUGACCUCUAUCCUUUCGCCUGAGUGUCCACAUCCAGGUACUUGUCCCCUGCCUUUUUCUGUGCCACAGCCUUGGCAAAGCUGCCAGAAGGAGCAGUGGGCAGCUUUCAAAGAGGAGGUCUUCUCAUCAACACAUGAUGACCUUUUGGACCAAACUAUUGAGGAGGUAAUCCAAACAUGUUGUCAUGGCGACAGCUUGAAUUCUUGUCCGCUGGAGGAGACGGACAGUUUUCAAGUCAGUCUGCCUCACUCUCUUCAAACACAGAGUGACUGGGACUCACCUGGACAGGUGGACUUAUAUGACUCGCUGGUCCAGACGCAGGUGAGGGACUUCAGCCAUCUGACUGAUGUUCAGGUGGACCUAACGGACCAGGUGUACUCCCACCAGCUCGAAUCCGCGCUCCACAGUAAGCAUUGUACAGUCCAACACGGAGUAUUCAGGACUGUGCCGAGAGAAGUGCCAAACCAUUUGCCAGAGUCCUUCAGAGGGAAGACAUGGGUCCAAAUCGAAGAGGAAGAUGAAAAGAAGGUUGACGACCUGGUCCGACAGUUCAGACAAGGUCGUUUUGUCUGCUACUUCGACAGCGAGUCCCUCGCCAGGUACGGCACCAGAAGCAAAGACGGGAACGGACCUGGUCACACAGUGGCAGAGUCAAACAUGGGUGUCUUUCCUUUACUGAACCAUGAAGAGGAAGAAGUCCCAAGGAGGCGGGACUUCAGAAUGGCAUCCAGGUGUCAGGUGGUCAAAGUGAGUCACGCCACUCAAACCGUCCGCUUGGUCGUCCCAACUGUCUGUCAACCAGGCACAAAGGCCACGUCCACCAGCGUCCCUCCAGGCGAUCGGGCCGGAGUGGAAAAGACUCCGGAGAUGCGAUGGUCACGCCUCCCGCCCGCAUACUCCCCCGUCCUCGCUCCGCUACAGUCGAGCACCUCUCUGGUCUACCUUCUCUGCUCCCCUACUUUUCCCGCCACCACCUACACACCCGCUGCAAGCCCCACACCCAAACGCAGCAGGAAAAAACGUCCACCAGACUUUCACAGGCUGAAGGUGAAAUAUAAACAAUUUCCUGUGCGCUUCUAUGACCACCGCAGCAAUCGCAUCAUAAAGAACCCACCCAAAGGUUUCAAGGUGAGAAAAAGGUCCAUCGCCUCCCCUUUGCCGCCAUGUGUACGUCAGCUGUUUCGAAGUCUGAGCCCGGACCUGAACACAGAGAGGUGGUCCAGGGAGGACAGCUUAGAUUCUCCCAGGGUCAAAAGUCAGAGGCUGUCGAGCACUCCCAGCACAAACUCGACGCAGCCUCCUAAACACGAAACUUCUCCACCUGUGCAUCGAAGCAGGUCAGAGGAAUUAAGAUCACGUAGUGAAGUAAGACCAAGUCGCCCCAAAAGGAGAGUCAAAGUUCAGACCACACCUCCACCACCCAGGAGAGGUGGACUCCGUCAAAAGGAAACUGCACCCCUGUACCAUACAGAGCCAAACCUCCGGCGAGGGAGGUCUCAGAGGGGGAGGGCCUGUGAGAAGACUCCAAAGUAGCACAUUUGUUAGAACUUCAACACUUAGGGACCAUUUGGAAAUAAAAAUGGAUGAAAAAAAGUAUUUUUGGCCACUCAUUUUCAUGACAACAGCAUUUUGGAGAGCAAAAACAAAUUUGAGAGUACAUUUCAUUCUAGAUAGAUAAAGUGGGUAUAUAAAGUAUAAAAAAAUGACACUAAGAUAAAUAAUUUCAAAACUUUUCCCACCAUUAAUGUCGUUUAACCUGUAAAACUGAAUUGAAAAAACAUUUUUCAAAAGGGAAGUAAAAAAAAAAAAAAAAAAAAAAAACAACUGAGGUGUGGUUGCAUAUGUGCAGGACCCUCUUAUAACUGGGGAUGUAGCUAUGUUUAUAAUUGACCGAUCAUAUUCUAAGUCGUUAAAUAUGAGUCAGCACACACU